UCCUGCCCCGGCUGAUGUCUUUGAACUAUGAGUAUUUCAACUUCAACUAGGGAAUAAACGUGCCCGCCAAGCUCCAAUUUGUUUAUAAAUAAAUAAAGCAUUUCCAGACCGGGACAGCGCCAAAAAAAUCUGAAAGAGAGCAAAAACGUCAAGCAUGCCGACCCUUACAAAGCUUUAUACCAUGGAAGAAGCCUCCCAGCACAAUACUAAAGAUGAUUGCUGGGUCGUUAUUGACGGCAAGGUAUAUGAUGUUACUUCUUAUUUGGACGAGCAUCCAGGAGGUGAUGAUGUGGUGCUUGCAGCGACAGGGAAAGAUGCAACCGAUGAUUUUGAAGAUGCUGGACACAGCAAAAGUGCUAAAGAGCUUCUGCAGACCUUUUGCGUUGGCGAGCUUGAUGCAUCCUCCACAAUCAUCCCUGAACUUGAGAUUUCCUCCAAGAAGGAAGCAACCAAUUACUCUCAGAAGCUCAUGGACUUGACAAAGCAGUAUUGGACCAUUCCUGUGGCAAUUGUUGGCAUCUCUGUGGUUGUUGGGUUCUUAUACCUGCGUAAGAAGUAAAACAAUUUGGUUUUUCCCCUAUUGGCUGCUGAAAGGGAAGUGUUACUCCAAAUUUUGGAUAAUUAGAUGGAUAAUGAUUAAGAACAUUUACCCAUUGUUAUUUUUAAGAUCUGAAGGUAGGAUUUGAUCAUUGAUUAUCUUCAUUAAUAAUACAUGCACGAUAGGAUUGAAAAACAGGGAAAAUACUAUGUAUUAAUACUUGGGAUGAAAUGAGUAGUAGCAAUACCUAAAGGAGCAUAGCAUUUUAUACA